GUGAAGGCGCCACGUGUGACGUCACGUAAGGACUCCCUACUUGUGCUUGUUGUUAAGCGGCCGCUCCGGAGUCGAGCAGACGGGGCUGGCGAGCACGUUGCGACCGAUUGGAAGAGGACCGCAUCGGCAAUCACCCCGGCAAGGUGUGCAGUAUUUGAGGUGGAAGAAGAGCCCAGAAAGGACUUCCUAUUGAAGCCGAGGGGUUCCCCUCCCCGGGCGCCCCCCGUUCAAUGCCCCGUGAACGCCAUGUGCCAAAGCUGGUGUGGUCUUAACACAGCUGUUUAAGACCAAGCCCGACCUCGUGCUUCUCCUCUCUCUUUAUGAUGAAGAAGGUCGCGGCGUGGUCGGCCGAGGACGUCGCCGACUGGCUGAGCAAAGAGGGCAUGCCGGAGUACGUCGACACCCUGCGCCAAACGGACGGCGCCGGCUUGCUGCGGCUCACGCGGGCGCACUUCCAGACGCCGCCUCUCCUCCUGGUGUCCUCGGACGGGGGUCAGCAGCUGCUGGAGCGGCUGGAGACGCUGCGGAUCGAGACCCACAUAGAGGCGCAUAAAAACGGCCACGCCAACGGCCACGCCGGCGGGCUGCCCAACGGCACGAGCGCGCCCUUGAGGAAUGGCACGGUGGUGCGCUCCAAGGACUGCAGGGUGGAGAUGGUGCACAUCCCCAUCCCUCCCAUGGAAACUCUGCGCUCCUCCUUCCCGCCCGAGUGGGGCAAGACGGGCGUGGCGUUUCUCUACGCGGUGGUGUGCUUCGUCACCACCACCAUCGUGAUAUCGGUCGUCCACGAGAGGGUGCCGCCGAAAGAGCACACCCCGCCGCUGCCCGAUAAGUUCUUCGACCUGUUCGACCGGAUAGAGUGGGCCUUCUCUAUCUGCGAAAUCAACGGCAUGCUGCUGGUGGCGCUGUGGCUCAUACAGUGGGCUCUCCUCAAGCACAGGUCAAUCGUAGGCAGGCGGUUCUUCUUCAUUGUGGGUACGCUGUAUUUGUACCGGUGUAUUACAAUGUACAUCACCACUCUGCCCGUUCCCGGGAUGCACUUCAAAUGCUCUCCAAAGCUUCUGGGUGACUGGGAGGCGCAUAUUAGAAGAGUCAUGAAGAUGAUCGCCGGCGGCGGCCUCUCCAUCACAGGCUCUCACACCAUGUGUGGAGACUACCUGUACAGCGGCCACACCGUCAUGCUGACGCUAACAUACCUCUUCAUCAAGGAGUAUUCCCCCAGACGGUUCUGGUGGUUCCACUGGUUCUGCUGGACCCUCAGCGCCGUGGGAGUUUUCUGCAUCCUCCUGGCCCACGACCACUACACUGUGGAUGUGGUGGUGGCGUACUUCAUCACCACACGCCUCUUCUGGUGGUACCACACCAUGGCCAACCAGCAGUCACUGAAAGAGUCGUCGCAGAGCAACCCCUUCUCGCGGGUGUGGUGGUACCGGCCCUUCCAGUACCUGGAGGAGAGCGUCAGCGGCACGGUGCCUUGCACCUACCAGCUCCCGCUGUGGGUGCGGAGCGUGCAUUGGAACCGGGGCGUGGCCUACAGCCGGCUGGACGUCCAGUGACGCUGGGUCACGGCGGCAGGCCAAGACUGUGAACUCCAAAAGUGGAAGAAGGCACUGUUUGAUGUAGCGCUCCGCCCUCUAAAAAGCAGGUGAUCCCGCUCCGAAACGGGGAAAAACUGUGACCCUCGCCCCCGUUCUCCUUUUUCCUUUUUUUUUUUGUGCGUUUGUGCGUCCGUCCUCUUACUCUCCAGGUGGUUUAUGACAACACACAGCACUAAUCUUUUUUUAUUUCUUAAUACUCGCUGCUUUUCCAAGUAUUUCAAAAAAACGUUUUCAGCACAAAAUGCUCAAGCCCCGCCCCUCCAAGUCCAAAAUGCCAAAUGCAUUUUUUUUUUUUUAAAUGAAAGCAAUUUGUUUUGUAAAAAAAAAAAAAAAAAAAAAAAAAAGUCGACGGUGCAAAUACUAUUUUUUCAAAGUAUGUUUAUUUUUCGACAAAAACAACUAAUGAUGUCCACCAAAAUAUUUUUUUUUUUUUUAGAUUUUUACCUUUUUCAAAUAUCUUAAUGUAAGGAAAUAUCUCAGUGCCUUUCUUAGCUUGAUUGUAAAAAAAAAAAAAAACACUUUGUCUCGCUUCCUUCUGACGGUUUUUGUCCCCUUGAAUGUAAGAAAAAAAAAAAAGAAGAAAAAAACCCCGCCAGCCUUAGCGCAGGGUUGGUCUUUCCAAAAUGGAAACGUGUCUCCGGUAUGUAUUUAUGAAUGCUUUCUAACGUCCUCGUGCGCUCGCUGAGUGAGGAACUAUGACUGUUAAUUGUACCUUCAAAAUGUCCGUCGUCAUUUCCUUCGUCUAGACGAGUCUUGAAGCAACACCAGCCAUCACUCCCGGGUUCCGGGCUGUCGACUGAAGGGUUUGCGGUAAAGGGAUGAUGUUAAAAGUUGUAUUAGUGCCACAGAAAGUCAAACAGGAGCUUGAGGCAAAGCUUCUGAAUGUGCUUCAUAGGAUUUAAAUUUGGAGAUUUCACUGUCCUCCAAAUGCGGAGCAAAAAAAGACUCUUACUCAAAGCCCCUUUCACACAGAAAUCCGGCAAAAUUACUGCAGUAGAUCCGGUGUUGUCGUCGCUGUUUGCGACUAUUGCUUCAAACACAACAGGGCGGAAGAAGUAAGUGUUAAAACUUCACAACCCUUUGCAAAAUACCCUUACACACAGGACUUUGUCCCAUCUCUGUCAAGGCUCAAGCACCUUCAUCAACACCUUUAUUUUGCUGCAGCUGGGUAUGAACAUCAAAAACAAACCAAUCAACCGUCUUUUUUUAGAGGUAGUACCAGAGGCGGGACAGGGCUUCUGUGUGUAAAGGGAUGCUGGAAAAGGUGGAGACAGUAGUUUGAAGUUUGUCACCCAAGACUUACUUUUGUCUGUGUCGUGGCACAAACUGCUGUUUUGAGCAGUAACAGGAGUCAGAAUGCCAGGACAAUCUUUUUUUUUUGUCCGUUCUGUCCAGAAUUUUGCUGUUCUGUAUGAAUUGCACCAACACGGAAUAGGGGUUAAACAUGGACCAGGCCAUUUUCCACCUCUAAGGUGGUAAGGCAAUGCUAGGAAGGCAGGAGGGAGAUGUGGAGUUUGUCGCCCAAAACUCCUUUCCCACAAAUGGUAGAUUUUUUUUUUUCUACCAUGUUUCUGUGUCACUGUUCUGUAUGAACAGCCCCAACACGGAUCGGUGGUUAGAAUUCAACAAGGCCUCUCGAGGCAAAGCUUCUGAAUGUGCUUCAUAAGAUUUAAAUUUGGAGAUUUCACUGUCCUCCAAAUGCGGAGCAAAAAAAGACUCUUACUCAAAGCCCCUUUCACACAGAAAUCCGGCAAAAUUACUGCAGUAGAUCCGGUGUUGUCGUCGCUGUUUGCGACUAUUGCUUCAAACACAACAGGGCGGAAGAAGUAAGUGUUAAAACUUCACAACCCUUUCUUGCCUUUGCAAAAUACCCCUUACACACAGGACUUUGUCACAUCUCUGGCAAGGCUCAAGCACCUUUAUCAACACCUUUAUUUUGCUGCAGCUGGGUAUGAACAUCAAAAACAAACCAAUCAACCCGGCACAAAUCGUCCGUCUUUUUUUUAAAGGUAGUACCAGAGGCGGGACAGGGCUUCUGUGUGUAAAGGGAUGCUGGAAAAGGUGGAGACAGUAGUUUGAAGUUUGUCACCCAAGACUUACUUUUGUUUGUGUCGUGGCACAAACUCCUGUUUUGAGCAGUAACAAGAGUCAGAAUGCCUGCACAAUCAUUUUUUUUGUCCGUUUUGUCCAGAAUUUUGCUGUUCUGUAUGAAUUGCACCAACAUGGAAUAGGGGUUAAACAUGGACCAGGCCAUUUUCCACCUCUGAGGUGGUAAGGCAAUGCUAGGAAGGCAGGAGUGAGAUGUGGAGUUUGUCGCCCAAAACUCCUUUCCCACAAAUGGUAGAUUUUUUUUUUUCUACCAUGUUUCUAUGUCACUGUUCUGUAUGAACAGCCCCAACACGGAUCGGUGGUUAGAAUUCAACAAGGCCUCUCGUUCCAGAGUGGCAACAGAGGCGGGAGGAGACUCACUUCCUCCAGCUAAUUUCCCACUUUUUUUCCCCCCCACCGUUAUUGUUCUGUAUGAACGGCACUAACACAGAAUGGUCCUAGCCAAGCAGUAACAGAGGCGGGACAAGGUGUCUGUGUGUAAAGUAGGACGGGAUGUAAAGUUUGUCAAUCUAGACUCACUUCUCACUGCUCUUGCCCUUUUUACACUGUUUAUGAAAGCUAACCUUUUCCUAACAUUUUCAUGUCACUGUUCUGUAGAAAUGGCACCGGCACUAAAUGGUAGAUGGAAAUUGACAAGACAAUUCUUUUUUUUCCAACUUAGGCUGUAAUUAGUUAAUGCUGAAAAGGUGGGACGGGUGGGUUGACGUUUGUAACCCAAAACUCACUUCACCAAGCUCCUAUCCGACAGUUAAGCAGUGACAGAGGCAGGACAAGGCUUCUGUGUGUAAGACAAUGCUGAAAAGGCUGUAAAAAUGCCAGUAGAAGCCACAUAUACACUGUUCUGUAUGCACAGUACUAACAUGGAAAUGGGGUUAGAAAUCGACCAGGCAAUUUUCCACCAUCAGAUUCGGUCAGGGAAAAGUGGAAAGACGGGACAUUUUCCCAGCUCCUUUCCCACAUAUUGUAAAAGCUGUCUUUUUUCCCCAUCAUUUUUCUGUCACUGCUCUGUAUGAACAGCACCAGCACGUAGUAUAGGUUUGAAUUCAACAAAGCUAUUUUCUGUCUUCAAAGCUCGUUCCAGAGUGGGAACAGAGGCGGGACAAGGUGUCUCUGUGUCUAAAAGACUGCUUAAAAAAAGGCGGGAAAAUGCCUGUUCUCCACUGUUCUGUAUGAACAGUACCGACACAAAUCAGGCUUUGAAAUCGACCAGGCAAUUUUCCACCUUUUAGAUUUAGUCAGAGAAUGGUAGAGAGGUGGGGCAGGGGGGUGAAAUGUGUAACCCAAAACUCACUUCACCAAGCUCCUAUCCUACAGUAAAGCAGUAACAGAGGCAGGACAAGGCUUCUGUGUGUAAGAGAAUGCUGAAAAGGCGGUGUAAAAGCCACAUAGCACUGUGCAUACAGAACAGUGUAUAACAUGGAAUCGGGGUUAGCAAUCGACCAGGCAAUUUUUAAAGCUACUUCUGCACUGUUCUGUAUGAACAGUACUGACACAAAUCAAGCUUUGAAAUUGACCAGACAAUUUUCCACCUUUAGAUUUAGUCAGAGAAUGGGAGAGAGGUGGGGCAAGAGGGUGAAAUGUGUAACCCAAAACUCACUUCACCAGGCUCCUAUCCUACAGUAAAGCAGCAACAGAGGCAGGACAAGGCUUCGGUGUGUAAAGAGAAUGCUGAAAAGGCGGUAAAAAUGCCAGUAAAAGCCACAUAGUACUGUUCAUACAGAACAGUGUAUAACAUGGAAUUGGGGUUAGCAAUCGA